GUGGCGGUGGUGACGCAGAGCGGCGGGAUCUAAGCCGGAAUAAGAGCAGUUAGAAUGGGCAACAAGCUGUCCUGCAGUUGCGCACCCCUAAUCAGAAAGACGUAUCGCUACGAGGACUCCCCAUGGCAGGCCGGUGCCAGGGGCGGGAUGGGCGGCGGCGGAGGGCGCAGGGGUGACACUGGCCACUUGCUCAGGUGCGGAAGCUUAAGAGAGAGGAAGAGGCUGUGGGCCGAAGUGUUCCAUGUAAACUCGAGCGGCGCUGGAACAGUCAAGUGGCAGCAGGUGUCGGAGGAUCUGGUCCCGGUGAACAUCACCUGUAUACAGGACUCGCCGGAAUGCGUCUUCCAUAUCACCGCGUAUAACAGCCAGGUCGAUAAGAUCCUAGACGUGCGGUUGGUCCAGCCAGGUACGCGCAUCGGCCAGGCGUCGGAAUGCUUCGUCUACUGGAAGGACACGGUGACAAACGAUACGUGGGGGCUAAACUUCACGUCCCCCAUAGACGCCAAGCAAUUCAGAGAAUGCUGCUCACCAUCGUUCAAGAUUUCAAGGAAAGCGUCCUCUUCUUACUCGUUGAAGCUCGAGCCACCGAACAAGCAGAAGAUCAAAACGCGCCGAAAGCCUCAGUCGACACCGGCCUCGCCGAGCCGAUCCAGAGAACCGCAGUGCACUUGCAUGACGCCGGAACAGUUCGCUAGACUACGUAGCCAAGAUGCCAGAUAUCGAAAUUCAUGCGGGUCGUCUACGCUUCCACGGAUUGUGGCGCGGUCCACGGAAAUGGAGAUGACUCCGGGACGGGACAAAAUCACAGCAGCCACAUCAAGCGCGUCCCUCUACGACAAUGUGAACAAUCCUACCGCGACACCAGGGAAAACACCAAAGGCCGGCGACUCGGCCAAACAGAAGGAGAAGCAGAACGAGAUGUGUCAGACGACCCCGAAGACUGCCAACGUCGGAAUCGGUACCGUCACGGUGGGGUCGCAGAUCGACAGCCCCGAGGAGAAGAGCUCCUCGAUAUCGCCAAAGAAAUCUCAGAAGCAGAGCCAAGACACGUCCACUCAGCAGAACGGCACCGAGAUGCUCAAGUCGGAGGGCACUCAGGCGGGCGGCACCCUGCAGAGCAAGUCGCUGCGCAAGGAGCAGCUGCACCAUACCAAGUCGGCCGACUACACCGAGCUGGAGAUGCAAAACGGCAACAUCUUCAACAUCGUGAAUAACAACCACGGCGGGCACAAGUCGAAGAGCAAGAGCACCGACGACAUGCGCAUCGAGAACGCGCAGAACGGCGGCAUCAGCCUCGACUCGAACACCCUGAAGCGGAUGCUGAAGCCGAUGCCGAGCAUCGACAGCCCGGUCACGUCGCCGGAGAUGACGAGGAAGCGCCAUAGCCACCACAGCUACCACUACCAUCCGAGCAAUAACAAUCAGAAGUACGUCAUGCAGGAGGUCGACAACGAGAACUACGCGCACCCCUAUCGAGCGCCCUACAAUAACAAGUUCCAAGGAUCCAGGAGCGCCCACGACAUGAGUCGGCAAUACGCUGGCGGCAGAGGCAGGACGUACUUAGAUUCGGAACGUAAUCGGUGCACAGGUGACAUGUCGCCGCCCUCGGACAAUGUAAUCUUCGACAACCAGUGCUACGCUACCACGCCGAGCUCGUCCAACGGCAACUCCGACAUGGAGCAGUCGAACCACUGCAACUCACGCCGCUGCAACGGCGGCCAGACAUAUCAGCAGAGCAUGCAGUCGGUCUCGACGCCGGGCAGUCCGACCAGCCGGCUGCUGCUCGAAUACGAGAUGCACCUCAGGAACACCUUGGCCAAGGGCAUGGAUGCCGAGAGCUACAGUCUGCGCACCUUCGAGGCUCUGCUCACGCAGAGCAUGGAGAAUCUCGAAUACGCGGAAAACCUGCCGUUGAACGUCCAACGCACACCUCACGUUUCACGAAGACGUUCCAGUUCCAACAAGUCGUCGACCCUGCCGCUGUCGUAUCGCUACUGCAACGAGAGGCAGAACAGCAAGGACCGAGACGGCUAUUACAGCGACCGCAACGAGAUGGUGCGAGAGAAGAGAGAGCGAGACUCCGAUCGAGACCGCGGUUAUCUCAGCGACUACAACUCUAGAUGCGCCAGCUGCAUCGGGGAGUCCGCGCGCGCACAAUGGUUCCGGCAUUCCGACGGAUGGCAGUCCGGCAGCUCGACCCUCGGCUCCGGCGCUUCAAGUUCGAUAAAUCCAGGAUACUCGGGACACAAGAGAGACUCGCCCUGGGACUCUCUGCCGUCCCUGCGACACGAGGGCAGCCUCAACGACAGCGGCUACAAGUCCAACCGGACCGACUCUCUCGAACAAAGAGGUACUUUCGACAGACAGGACAGCGUCAGAUCCGACUACAUGUCCGACCGGGACAGCAAAUACGGAAUCGUUCAACAAGCCUCAUUGGAGAGCACCGACUCGAGGCUCUGCUACUUGACGUCUUCCGAGAUGUCGGACGACGAUAGGAUGUCACUCACCACCGCCGUCAGCGACGACGACGACGGCGAGAGUGUCAUAAAUUCGCCCUAUCGCGGCAAGCAGACCGGCACGGCCGCAGCUUCCUUCAACUGCACCGGUGCGGUUCGGAAGGCAGGAUUCCUCAGCGUGAAGAAGUGGUUGCUGCGCAAGAAGCACCAGAUCGAGCUGGCCAGGAAGAGAGGUUGGAAGGGUUACUGGGUCUGUCUGAAGGGCACCACGCUCCUCUUCUAUCCGUGCGACUCCCAGGAGAGCCGCGCCAUGGAGGCGGCACCGAAACACCUGAUCAUCGUCGACGGCGCGAUCAUGCAGCCCAUCCCCGAGCACCCCAAGAGGGACUACAUAUUUUGCCUCAGCACCGCGUUCGGGGACGCAUACCUGUUCCAGGCGCCGUGUCAAGUAGAGUUGGAGAACUGGGUGAACAGCAUUCAUUCGGCGUGCGCCGCCGCGUUCGCGCGCCAUCGCGGCAAGACCGGCACGCUGCAUCUGCUGCAGGAGGAGAUCAUCCGUCUGGAGAAGGCGAUCGAAUCGGACCACAAAAUGAAGCACAUGGCGGACCUUCAGCAAUCGGUGGUUUCCGACGUCGACACCAAGCAGCAAAUUAACAAUCAAAUCGUGCAGUGGGAGGAGAAUCUGGAACGGCUGCACUGCGAGCAAUUCCGCCUGCGGUGUUACAUGGCCAGUUUGCAGAGCGGCGAGCUGCCCAAUCCGAAGAGUCUACUGACGCACGUGUCUCGCGCCACGAAGCAGACACUGAACAAGCUCGGCGUGUUCACCGUCUCGUCCUUCCAUGCGUUCAUCUGCGCGCGUAGUCCAUCCUUGCUGAACAACCUGCUGGCGGGCCGCGGGGCGACCAAGAGGAGGCCGCCGCUUCUGUCGAGGUCGAACAGCGGCUCGAGCAGACGCUCGCUGCAGAUCUCGUCCAGGGACGAGGAGAAGAGCGUGAAGGUGUCCGUGCCGGAAAAUCAGCUCGUUUCGGUGUUCCUGCGCGACGCGAUGACCGUGGAGGAGUUCUUGGCGAGCGCGUGCACCAGGAAGAACCUCAACCCGAUGGAGCACUUCGUGCGCGUGAAGAAGCGCCGGGAUAUGGAGGACCACAACUACUUUGUGCCACAUAGGACUGAUUUGAUAGAAACAUAUUUGCAUACGCACGAAAUCGUGGAAGUCUGUGCCAAGAUUUUAUAUCAAGUGGAAUUGCAAAGAAACACUUUAGAGCAAAUGUGGGGCUUCUCCGUCGAGGCGGAGCUCAUAGAAAACUCCGACAGGCAGGACGAGCUCUGCUGCUACGUUAGUAGGGUGGAAGACAAGAGCGUCGCCAUGCAAAACGGAAUCAUUAAGGGCGACGAGAUUAUGGUAAUCAACGGCGCCAUCGUGAGCGACUUGGAUAUGAUGUACUUGGAGAGCGUUCUGCAGGAGGAGGUGGGUCUCUGUAUGAUGAUGCGAUCCUCCAGGACGGAGCCUCCGGAUCUCACGGGCAUUAUGCGAGUCACCGACGACAUAAUCGAGAGCUUGGUCUGCCCGCCGCCGCCCUCCGACCCGCCGGUCAUCAGCGAGGAAAUGAUCUCCGGUCUGAUUGUGCCGGCUCCCGGCUGGAGCAAGGAGAACAUUAUGCAAGAGUGCUCGUCGGGCGGCCACAUGGACAACAGCAAGCAGACCUCGCGUACGAAUUCCUUCGAGAUCGAGAACCUUCUGAAGACUGCCGAGCAAGUGACGGGGAUCUGUCGGUCGCCGGGUGAGACCCGGAAGUCCAGUCCCACCGGAAGCGUCGUCAGCUCCCAUUCACAGGCCCUCACACCGAGCCGGCAGCUUAGCGACGCUGAGAAGCUGAAGAAAGUGAUUUUAGAACUGAUUGAGACUGAACGGACUUACGUAAAGAAUUUAAAUAAUCUGCUGGAGAACUACCUGGAACCCCUUAAACGCGAGACCUUCCUGUCGAACGCGGAGAUCAACGCGUUGUUUGGUAAUAUUCAGGAGAUCGUCACGUUUCAACGACAGUUCCUGCAGAAUCUCGAUCACGCCAUCGAGAUGGAGGCCGAUUUCAACAGCUUUGACCAUCCGAGUCAAUUUAAGGGAGUCCUGUUUUCCAUUGGAAGUGCCUUCUUAUAUUACGUAAAUCACUUCAAGCUAUACAGCUCGUUUUGCGCCAGUCACUCGAAGGCUCAAAAAGUUUUACAUCCAAACGAGGGAAAUCAAGCUUUACAAGAGUUCCUGCAAGCGAGAAAUCCCCGGCAGCAACACUCGUCAACCUUAGAAUCGUACUUGAUAAAACCUAUACAAAGAAUACUCAAGUAUCCGUUGCUGCUACAGCAGCUUAGGAACCUCACCGACGAACGAAGCGAAGAACACCAACAUUUAAUCGAGGCGCUCAAAGGCAUGGAGAAGGUGGCGGAGCAUAUAAACGAGAUGCAGAGAAUCCACGAGGAAUACGGUGCUAUUUUCGACCACCUGUUCAGGCAACACCAGAAGUCCUGCAAACAGCCGAUCGACUUGAGCCCGGGCGAUCUUUUGUACUACGGCGGCGUCGAGUGGCUCAAUAUCUCCGACUUCCUCGGCAAGAUCAAGAAGGGUCUCGAGCUGCACGCGAUGUGCUUCGUGUUUAAGUCGGCUGUCGUGUUCCUGUGCAAGGAGAGGCUGAGGCAAAAGAAGAAACUCAUGGGUGUCUCGACCAAGGCUAACUCCAGCGAGGUGGAGAUCAUCCGUUACCAGGUGCUGAUCCCGGUGACGGAGGUCCAAGUCAGAGCCAGCUCGGCCAAGGACAUGGAGUCCCACUUCUUGUGGGAACUGAUUCAUCUGAGAAGUCAAUUACAGAGAAGAUCGGAGAAAGUAUACGUGCUGUCCAACAGCACGACGGAAUUUCGCAACGCGUUCCUCAAGACGAUCCGGCAGAUCAUCCGGGAGUCGGUGAGAAACAUGAGCAUACCUUCGACGAAGCAGAACCUGAGCCAAGCGCCGAUGUCGAUGGCGCCGCGCAUGUCGACUGGGCACGUGGAGAAGUUCGACAAGCAGGCCGGCCAGAACGGGAACGGCGCGACGAUGCCGACCGGCACGCUGUCGAAGAAGGCGGUGAAGCAGCAGCUAUUGGCCAGCUCGCACAAGCGGAAGUACAGCCAGUCCAAGCAGCCGGUGGAGCACGAGAGCUCGGAGGACAAGGACCAGGAGGAGCCGCCGGUCACCCAACAGCAAACGUUUCGCUCCAGGAGCAAAACCAUCAGCGACACUUCCGGCGAGGUAAAAGUCGAAAUGGAUUCGGGGACGAAGUCGGAAGGUGAGGAAGACUCGCAGGCUUUUUUAGGCGAGAAGAAGACGAAUCUCGGCCGCACACCUAAUCAUCUGACGCUGAGCACUACGUCUACUAUCUCGGCGGGGAGCACUGGCAGCCAGGCUAGAUUGAUCCAGUCCUCCCAUCAGCCCGAGAACUAUCAGCCCAUUACCGUCAAGGAACUCGGUUCACCGAUCUGGAAGCCACGGGAGCUACCCUCCCUGGGGGAGGCCACCACGUUGCCGCGCAAGGUUGAAUAAUAUCGAGGCUGACUCGCUAACGAGGUAAAAAUAUCGUUAAGUUCCGCCACGACAACAACAACAACAACAACCACCACCACCACCACCACCACUACCGUCACCACCGUCGUCACAACCACCACCAGCACCACAACUUACCAUCACCAACAUCACCACCACCACCAUCACCACGACCGCCGAGUGAGACACACGGAGAUAAAUGUCCGAUAAUUACGAUUGUCACGAUGCCGAUACGCGAUAUACACGCGCGUCCGCCGCCCACGCGGAGAUUCGCGAAGACUGCACUUUCUCCCUCCGCUCUCUUCCUCGUUUCGUCUUCCGGCGGGAACUACCCCGUGCGAGAGCUUAAGCGCGCUUGGUAUGUGUGGCUGUGUUCGCGCGUAUCUGUGUGUGUCCGUGCGUACGUGUGUGUUUGUCGAACGAGCCGACAGCGAGAAGUUCGAUCGGACUUGCACCUCGCCCCGCAGGAUCUAAUCGAGCUCGCGGAAUCGGCCCUCCCACCCUGUCCAAGGCUGAGCUGAAAAUGUGUCAGACGUGUAUCUAACGGGAGAGUAAUUAUAUUUUGCAGCGGCGAACGGCGGCUGGUGGGAGGACGACGCACGCGAAUUCGUGGAGAGAAUUUCGGCUCGCGAGUCUCGAUAUCGCGACCCCGAGACGAUUGUUAUCCCCUUUGUUGGAUAUUUAUUAGACUGUCCGAGCGAUCCCAAAACUGUAUUUGCUAAUGUUCGUAUCCGCUCGGUGUCGCCUCGCGAUCUCACCGUGUCUAACUUUAGAUAUCUCUACGUCCUCGUUCCACUGCACGGACUUUUUGUUCGUAAGGAGGAAGGUUAUCGCCUUCUUCGGCGGUUAAUAUAUAUUUUAUUCCAACGUUUGCGUGAGAGAAAGAAGGAUAGCGCACCUCACGGACGGAGAUAGACGAUGUCGGGCUCAUUGUUGGUAGUUUUGAUUUUGACAAUCAUAAAGCGGGCGACCUCGAGGAGGCGGGACAUCGGCGGACGGGUCGCUGGUUCUGAAACGAAUAAAUUAAGUAGAUCGUUAGUGAAUGUGAUCGCGGUCGGUCGCGAGAGAACCGUCGUCGGAACGAUGGGGAAUCUCGUUUACAAGAAUGCUCGGUUAACAGGCGGUGCAACCCCUUGUUUGUCUCAGACGCGAGUCGCAGUACGCCUCGUUUCUCUGUCGUCGUUUGACUUAUUUUCCGCGCGAUGAAAGGAAGUGCAGUCGGUUGCACCAAUCAACCCCAGUCGAUUAAAUUUGCACUUGCUGCUCCGGACAGUUACAAUCUAAUUAUAAGAUGGUUAUUAUUACAUAACGGUUAUUAUUGCGUAACACUGUCGCAAAUCUCUGUCUAACGUAUGUCUCUAAUACCGACGACUAGUGUACAAACUUCUCGCAAGUGCAAAUUUCCUUUCUCUGUUCUUUUUCUUUUAUUUUUCUUUUAUAAUGUUGGUAAUUCCUUUUUACUUGAUAUUACUAACGUUGUGCAAAGUUACGUCUCAGUGUUUCGCUUUAAAUAUUAUUGUAAAAGAAUUUUUAAGUACGAGACACGGCACUAAGAGCGUCGAAAAUUAGACAAGGGAAAAUUCGGAGGUAUCGUUUUAUAAAUAUGAAAAUUCCUGUACAUGACAUGAGUUAAAGUGAAUUCUACGCUGAAUUCAAGUCUAUGUAAUAAAAUGCUUCCUUGCGAUCGCAUUUAUAGAAAUACGUGUUGUAAGUAAAUGAGGGCCGCGCUGUAAGUAGUUGCGGACGCGCUACGUCAGACCCGCUUCCUCGUCCGAUCACGGCGCGUCUGCAUCUACUUCGAGCGCAGCAUUCACGACUCGUGUCCCGAAAAUACGACUUCGGAAAAUCAUUUCAUCGCAUACGGUUGAAUUUGACGUGAGAUUCUUUCUGAUUUCUGUCCGCGAAAAAUCUCGAUAUUCGUAGGAAAUAUAACGAGAGGUGAGAGUACAUUGAAAACAAAAAAAUAUAAAACUGUUGAAAAAUCCGGUUGCAUAGUUACAGAACAUAUCUUAAAUUCUCUCGUGGGGAUUUUUCUCCAUAUAUUUUACGAUUUCAAAGAUACUCUCUGUAAUCAACUACAUGGAAUCAGUUCAUUAACCUCAUCCGUAAAACGUGCCCUGAACGUCUUACUUUUCGCUUAUCUACAAUAUAUCCCAAGCUCGUCAAAAUUAGCGAAGGACGCUACCAGACUUUCCCUUUGUAAGAGAAGCUCGAUUAAGACGAGAUCGAGCGAUCGAGGUUAUUGGUGCAACGUGCAACUCGGGAGUCCCGGCGAGGAUGGGACUAAUCGUCGCCGAAACGAUCCUCUUCGAAUAUAUACAAUUUAACACCAUUCAGCGGUAUGUACCGUCGAUCUCACAACAGAUCGCCGGCUUACAGACCGCGAUCCGGUCCCCCCUCUCGAGAGUCUCCGGUGAUGAGAGGCUACGUUCACCAUCCUCUCGAUCCACUUCGCGUGGACGGCGGCGCGACAAUCCGGAGAUAAUCGAUAUCCUGUAUAUAAUGUAAUGAUAUUACUAUCGUCGCUAUAUACGUUACUGUCGAUCGCGAUCGAGCGCUCACGCUUUGCGUUGGUUCUCACCAUCCCUCCUACAUAUCCCCUCCCGUACACGCCCACAUACACACACACGCGCCACACAGAGACAUACAUGCACAACGCCACACUCCCAGCCCCACCUCCAUUUUUUUAUUGUAUGAAACCGUCGCGAUGCAUCAUUGACGAUCGCCGGAUGACAGUCAGGUAGCCGACGGACAGAGGCGGACUCAAGAUCCGUAUUAAAAUCGAAGAAGCGAGAAUAAGCACGUAUAUAGCGAGUAAGUUUUAGCUGACUAAAGAGAAUCAAUUAAGGUAAAACGAAAAAAAAAAUGUGUCGUAUGUAGAUAUAUACAUAUAUAUGUAUACGUACACGUGUGCGCGUAAGCGCGACGCUCGUGACGCGUGACAUCGCGCGUAUGCACGCGUGUACGCGGAAAAUAUAUAUGUAUACAUACAUUAUAUACAUACGGGAAUAUUAUGUGAGAGCGAGGGUGAGUUUGUGAAUUGCAUUGUACGUCGUCCACGGUCCCCCCCCCCCAAAAAAAAA